AUGAAAGUCCACCUUCAAUCCUAUACCACGACAUAUGAGGGGCCCGGAGAGUAUAUACACGACGAAACUAUAAAUACGGACAACUAUGGUUCGGACAACAAUCUCCUUGUAGCUCGUUCUUCCCAGAAGAAUAAUGAGAGUCGUCCCCACGAGUGCGAAAUAUGUCACAGACGGUUCAAGAGGAAACAGCAUCUCAAGGUUCACAUGAAUGUGCACGCUAAAAAUGACUUCACUAUAUGGUGCUCAUUCUGCGGAGAAGGUUUCCUUUCCAACGACCAGUUUGAGACCCACCAGUGCCAGCUUAUGUCGCAGGACGGCGAUACACAGGGCGAGCAGAGCGAGCAACCUCCACAACUACCCUCCCCCCAAGUAUUCCCUCCACAAGAACAUAAGAAAGAAAACAAAUACCCAGCGGAAUAUAUGGACUUAGGAGAGCUAGCAGCGAUAGACAGCAUACAAUAUUUAAACGUAGAGGAGAAAUCGUUGCCUGUCCCGCAACGGGUGUUCGUCUGCAAGUUCUGCUCCAAACCCUUCAAGAGGAAAGACCAUUACAAGAUUCACUUGAACAUACACACGGGCGUGAAAUCCUUCUUCUGUACCGAAUGCGGGAAAGGUUUUUACCGCAAGGAUCACCUGCAGAAGCACAUGAUGGUUCAUACCAGAUUGAAGCCUAAGAAGGAGGUCCCCGCCCUAGUCCCCAUACACCAGGUGCCCAAGAAAUCGGUGGUGUUGCCUGAGAUUACCAUUCAUGCUCCACCUAGUGCGAAGCUUCGUAUGCCUCUGCAAAUCAAAGUUCCGUACCAGAUGGUCGUGUCUAUGGACAAUGGUGAGCAACGGGCAGUCACCAUCGACCCUCAAGCAUCCAAUUCCAAUUCUUCGUAAUGUAUGUACCAAC